AUGGCAUCCAAGCAGGCCAUCUCGCGCUUGAGGAAGGAGAUCAAGGCCAUCGGCGAAGACCCGCCUCCCCACAUCCACGUGUCGGUGGACGAGUCGAACAUCCUGGAGUGGAACUAUGUCCUCGAAGGGCCCACGGAGACGCCCUAUGAAGGAGGGUGGUUUUGGGGUCGCCUCAGAUUUCCGAAGGACUAUCCAUUCCGACCCCCUUCUAUCCUCAUGGUCACGCCCAACGGCCGCUUCGAGGUGAACACGCGGCUGUGCCUCUCGAUGUCGGACUAUCAUCCGGAGACCUGGCAACCAGCCUGGUCCGUGGCCACGGUGCUGAAAGGGCUUCUGUCCUUCAUGUGCGAGGAGACGCCGACAGCAGGAGCCAUUCACCCACCAACAGCUUUGGAAGUGAGGACUGAUCUCGCCAGCAAGUCCAUGGCCUGGAACCAGGAGCAGGCCGAGUUUCGGAAGGCUUUUCCGGAGUUCGACGACAUCGUCGCCAAAUCCAAAGCAGCGUCCUCUGCUGCAGCCCCCGCUGCAGAAAAGGAGGAGGCAGCAGACGGACCCAAAGAUGCCCCGCUGGCGUGA